GACUGAGAGAGGCACACUUGAGCUGUAACCAUCGCAGAGUGAACAUCGCACACACACAUACAGACACACAUCAGUUUGAGGAACGUUUCUCAUCAAGUUUCGUCUUUGGCUUCCCUUUGAGCCAACGCCCAGAAGAAGAAUUUUACUCUCUCUCUCUCUACAUCACCAUGCACGGAUAUAGAACCUACCAAAUGGAGAAUCAUCAUGCACAUCAACACGACAACACCGCGGUGGAUCAAAAACCGUUGGUUGUUGAUCUCAUUUCCGCACAAUACGGCAAACCCCAAACGCCGCCACCUUCGCCAAAUGAAUGCCUAUCCAGUCCGGAUAACUCAUUGAAUGGUAGCCGCAAUUCCGAGAUUCCCGCUGAUCCAUCAGUUCGUCGCUAUCGAACUGCAUUCACACGUGAUCAGUUGGCACGUCUCGAGAAGGAAUUCUACAAGGAGAACUAUGUCUCCCGUCCACGUCGCUGUGAGCUGGCCGCCCAGCUCAAUUUGCCCGAGUCCACCAUCAAGGUGUGGUUCCAGAACCGCCGCAUGAAGGACAAACGUCAGCGCAUUGCCGUCGCCUGGCCCUAUGCAGCUGUCUACUCUGAUCCCGCUUUCGCCGCUUCCAUCCUGCAAGCCGCCGCCAAUAGCGUGGGUAUGCCCUAUCCUCCAUAUGCUCCAGCUGCCGCUGCUGCCGCCGCCGCUGCUGCAGCCAAUCCAAUGAUGGCCACAGGCAUGCCCACUAUGCCAGUACCCGGACACUCGCCCUAUGGUCAAUAUCGUUAUGCUCCAUAUCAUAUACCAGCGCGUCCAGCUCCACCAGCUCCUCACAUGCAUCCGCAUCAUAUGAUGGGUGCUGCAGGAGCCGCCGCCGCUGGACCCAUGGGCUAUCCUGGAAUGUUGGGAGCCGCCGCUGCUGCUGCUGUGAUGCCACCAAGCUCCUGCUAUGCCGCUCUCUCAGUACCAAAGACACAGACGCCCCCUUUGGAUUUGCAAUCCUCCUCGUCGCCGCAUUCCUCGACACUGUCGCUGAGUCCCGUCGGCUCUGAUCACACCAAGGUCUUUGAUCGCAGUCUGAGUCCUUUGCGUGCAGUUGCUCCAAUUCAGUUGAACAGCAAUAACAGUUCCGCCACAACAACAACAAGCAGCCCACUGCCUGCUCCUGGUCUGCUUAUGCCCAGUGCCAAGCGUCCAGCAUCUGAGAUGUCGCCGCCUCCAACGAUGAUAUCUGAGCCCAAGCCAAAGCUGUUUAAGCCCUACAAGACUGAGGCGUAGGCCCACCCCCCGAACUUUUCUCUCCCCUUCUACCCUCAAGAAUUGUACAAACUAGACUUACUCCCCUCUACCCCCUCCCUUCCUUUUAUCCUUUUCUCUCAGUGUGUAGAGUCACAUUAAGCUAUUAUUUAUUGAGGAUUGAUUGUAUUAUGAAUUUAAUU